CGUGGUGGCUCACACCUGUAAUCCCAGAACUUUGGGAGGCCGAGGUGGGUGGAUCACGAGGUCAAGAGUUCGUUACUAGCCUGACCAACCUGAUGAAACCCCACCUCUACUAAAAAUACAAAAAUUAUUUGUGUGUGUUGGCGUGUGCCUGUAAUUCCUGCCACUCGGGAGGCUGAGGCAAGAGAAUCGCUUGAACCUGGGAGUUUGCAGUGAGCCAAGAUCUCGCCAUUGCACUUCAGCCUGGGCAACAGAGUGAGACUCUAUCUCAAAAAAACAAAACGAAACUUAAUGUUGAUAAGAAAAAAUAAAUUCUGGAUGGGUCCACUGUCUGUCUGUAGUUGGCAUGUUCCUCAUGCCUGCCUGAGUUUAUGCUGAAUGCUCUAGUUUCCUCCCAUGUCCCCAAGAUAAGCACAUUAGGUUCCUUUAUGUGUCUAAAUGAUCCCAGUCUGAGUGAGUGUGUGGGUGACUGUGCAAUGCCAUGAAUGGCGUCCUGUCCACAAGGAUGGGUUCCUUCCUUGUGCUCUGAGCUGCCAGGAUAGACUCUAGCUAGCCUUGACCCUGAACUGGAAUAAGUGGGUAAACAGUUAUCUUACUUGUUCUGAAUCUUCUAUACAUGCAUGUGUGGCUCAUAUUAUUUCAGUUUUCAAUAUUAGAAGUGUUUGGAUCUUUAGAAGUUUGGUUGUGUUUUGUGUCCAGAAAUACAGAUAGGAACUUAACUCUUGUUUAUAUCAAUUAGCUUGUGGUAAAAUUGGUUUCUUUGUACACUGUUUGGCUUAAAGUUGUAGUUUCUAAGAACUUACCGAUGACAGUAAGUGAGGAUGACGUUAAGUGAGGACUUACUGUACUUAGUUCUAGAUGAGGCUUGAUGAUAUUCAGGUUCAAUUUUGUUUUUUGUUUUUUUUUAGGUGGAGUUUUGCUCUUGCCCAGGCUGGAAUACAGUGUUGCAAUCUUGGCUCACUGCAACCUCCACCUCCCAGUUUCAAGCAAUUCUCCUGCCUCAGCCUCCCAUGUAACUGGGAUUACAGUUGGAAGAUAAAAGACUGAUUCACGAAGAAUCUGCUCACUGAGAAGUGCAUGUCAAGCCGCUGGUUGAAUUUCCAUGAAAAAAUGAUUAAGCAGAGAAUGGAGAAGAAGGUUGAUUCCAGGUAUUUUAGGGAUGGUGCAGUUAAGAAACCUUAUUCUCCAAAGACACUGUCCAACAAGAAGUCUUCUGCAUCCUUGGGGAUCCGGAGGGAGUUACCUAGUACCAGUCAUCUAGUGCAGUAUCGUGGCACACAUGCUUGUACCCGACAGGGCCGGUUAAGAGAAUUGCACAUCAGAUGCGUUGCCAGAAAGUUCUUAUAUUUAUGGAUUCGAAUGACUUUUGGAAGAGUGUUUCCCUCUAAAGCCAGAUUUUACUAUGAGCAGCAAUUACUGCGGAAGAUCUUCGGAGAAUGGAAAGAAGAGUGGUGGGUUUUCCACCAUGAGUGGAAACUCUGUGUUCGAGCUGACUGUCACUACAGGUAUUACCUGUACAACCUGAUGUUCCAGACCUGGAAGACCUACGUGCAUCAGCAGCAGGAGAUGAGGAGCAAGUACAUUAGAGCCGAGGUUCACGAUGCAAAGCAAAAGAUGCGACAAGCCUGGAAGUCUUGGUUGAUCUACGUGGUUUUUCGUAGGACCAAACUUCAGAUGCAGACUAUGGCUCUGGAGUUUAGGCAACGGAGUAUCUUACGGGUGUGGUGGAGCAUGUGGAGGCAGCGACUAGGACAGAUCCGUGUGAGCCGUGCCCUCCAUGCCUCUGCUGUGAAGCACAGGUCCCUAAGCCUCCAGCUGCAGGCUUGGUCACAAUGGUGGGAGCAGCUCCUGUAUGCCCAGAAGGAGAAACAGAAGGUUGCCUCUGCAGUGAAACACCGUCAGCACUGGCAAAAGCGGAGGUUUCUAAAGGCCUGGCUUGCAUACCUGCAAAUCCGCAGAGUGAAGAGACAGCAGAACGAGAUGGCUGAACGAUUGCAUCAUGUCACUAUGCUCCAGAUACAUUUCUGUAACUGGCAGCAGGCCUGGGAGCGGAGGGAGAGCUUGCACGCCCACCAGGCCCAGGUGGAGAAACUGGCCAGGAAGAUGGCCUUGAGGUGCACCUUUACUCACUGGAAACACUACAUGCUGCUGUGUGCAGAAGAAGCUGCCCAGUGUGAGAUGGCGGAAGAGCACCACAGGCACAGGCGGCUGUAUUUUUGCUUUAGAGCCCUAAAAGACAAUGUGGCCUACACCCAUCUCCAGCAAAUAAGAAGGAAUCUUGCUUACCAGCAGCGUGGUAUCACGCUGCUACACAGGUUCUGGAACCUCUGGUGGUCUCAGAUUGAGAAGAAAAAGGAAAGAGAGCAGCUCCCCUUACUGCAUGCUGCCUGGGACCACCACAGGUUCAAGCGAUUCUCCUGCCUCAGCCUCCAGAAUAGCGGGGAUUACAGGAUGGCAUUGCUGUGCAAGUGUGUCAAAUGGUGGCUACAGUAUACCCAGAAGAGGCGGUACAAGCAGCUGCUACAGGCCAGAGCAGAUGGGCAUUUCCAGCAGAGAGCCCUGCCUGCUGCCUUCCACACAUGGAAUAGACUCUGGCGAAGCCACCAGCAGGAAAACGUCCUCAGUGCAAGAGCUACACAUUUUCACAGGGAGAAAGUAGAGAAGCAAGUAUUUUCUAUCUGGUGGCAGAAGAUGGUACAGCAUCGAGAAAACCGCUUGGCAGAGAGAAUGGCCAUCCUUCACGCAGAGCGACAGCUUCUGCAUAGGUCCUGGUUCACGUGGCACCAGCAGGCAGCAGCACAUCACCAGGAGCAGGAGUGGCAAACAGUGGCCCGUUUCCACCACCGCUGCAGGCGGCUCAGGAAAGCUUUCUGCCUCUGGAGGGAAAGUGCUCGAGGGCUCAGAACAGAGAGGAUGGGCCGGGUGCAGGCAGCAGAAUUCAAUGCAGCCCAGCUCCUGCGUUGGGCCUGGAGCCAGUGGAGGGAGUGCCUGGCCCUGCGGGGAGCGGAGCGGCGGAAGCUGAUGCGAGCGGAGCUGCACCACCAGCACACGGUGCUGCUCAGGGCGCUGCAGGCGUGGGUGACUUAUCAGGGCAGGGUGCAGAGCAUCCUCCAGGAGGUGGCAGCCAAGGAGAGCCAGCACAACAGGCAGCUGCUGCGGGGGGUGUUACGUCGCUGGAAAGAGAACACCAUGGCCCGCAUGAAUGAAGCCAAAAAAACCUUUCAAGCAAGUACUCAUUACAGAAAGACCAUAUGUUCCAAGGUCCUGGUCCAGUGGCGGGAGAUUGCAUCAGUGCAGAUAUAUUACCGACAGCAGGAGGACCAUGCCAUCUGGGAGGCCCGGAAGGUGCUGGCUAGGGGUUGUCUCCGGACCUGGUUUCAGCGCUGGCGGGACUGCAGCCGGAGGUCAGCCCAGCAGAGACUGCAGCUGGAGAGGGCAGCCCAGCACCACCACCGGCAGCUGCUACUGGAGGGGCUGGCCCGAUGGAAGACACAUCAUCUGGGGUGUGUCAGGAAGAGGCUCCUGCACAGGCAGAGCACCCAACUGCUGGCACAGAGACUCAGCCAGACCUGCUUCCACCAGUGGAGACAACAGCUGGCAGCCAGGAGGCAGGAGCAGCAGGCGUCAGUGCGGGCCCUGUGGUUCUGGGCCUUCUCACUGCAGGCAAAGGUGUGGGCCACGUGGCUGGCCUUUGUGCUGGAAAGGAGGAGGAAGAAGGCACGGAUGCAGCAGGCGUUCCAGGCCUACCAGGGGCAGCUCCUCCAGGAGGGUGCCAUGCGGCUCCUGCGCUUUGCAGCCGGGAUGAAGGCCUCUCGGCAGCAGCUGCAGGCCCAGCAGCAGGUCCAGGCGGCUCACAGUCUCCACCGUGCUGUCCGCCACUGUGCCACACUCUGGAAACAGAAGGUGCUGGGCCGGGGCAGGGAGCCUCAGCCCCUGGCACCCAUCACACCCAGCAGAAAAGUGACAUUUGAGGGUACCCUUCUCAACCGCAUUGCUGCUGGGGCUGGGGAUGCCACCCUGGAGACUAAGAGGCCACAGGCUCCUUGGUCUCAGGGAGCUCUGGGCCGCCUGGCUGCUAGGGAGCCCCAUGCCCUGGAAUUCAACACUGCCCACUCAUCGAGGAAGCAGCCGCGACGCCCACACUUCCUGCUGGAACCUGCGCAGGGCCAGAGGUCCCUGGAGGGUGGCACCAUGGGGAGGCAGGGGCCUCAGAAGCUGCAGGAACAUGGCCUAGGCAUGGCUGAGCCAGCAGGUCCCUCCCUGACACACCCCUUCCUGGCAGAGGCCCCGACAGCACCGGUCCCACACAGCCCCCUGCCUCGGGCCCUGUCCAGUGCCCCUGGCCCAAAGCAGGCCCCGACAGCAAGCACGGGCCCGGAGCUGCUGCUGCUGCCUCCUUCCUCCUUCAUGCCCCAUGGGGCGGCUGCACCAGCCAGGGUGUCAGCACAGCCAGCUACUCCUAGGCAUAUGCCCCAGGUCCCCCCAUCCCUGGCCAGUGUCCCUGGCCCCCACCCACUCCUUCCUGGGGACUUCUCAGGCAUCGGGGCUGGGCCUCGGCUUUCAACUGCAGGCUGCCUGGACCUUGAGGCUGAACUUGAGGGGAUCCAGCAACAACUACUGCACUACCAGACCACCAAGCAGAACCUCUGGUCCUGCCAGCGGCAAGCAAGCAGCCUUCGCAGAUGGCUGGAGCUGAACAGAGAGGAGCCCGGGCCUGAGGACCAGGAAGUAGAGCAGCAAGUGCAGAAAGAGUUGGAAGAGGUGAGGCCCCAGGCCACCCCCAGGGACACCCUGGGCUGUGCUCCCUCUCAGCCCUGCCUGUCCCUAGGUGGAACUGCAGAUCCAGCAGCUGGCAGAGGAGCUCCAGGCCCAGCGCCAGCCUACUGGCGCCUGCAUUGCCCGAAUCCAGGCCCUGCGGCAGGCCCUGGGCUAGCAUGUUCACCCCAGGGAUGCAGGUACGCGGCUGUGGGGAGGCCCCAGGCCACCUCCAGGGACAGAGCACAAAGUUAUGACUUUUAUUUUUUAUUUCAAAAUGUUUUGCAAUUAAAUGAAUUACUGUUCAGAAGUCUCCCACUUUUCAUACAAAAAUACUGUGCUACUGAUACAGUUGAAAAAAUUCAAUGA